CGCGGAGCUGCAGGGCGCCCGGCGCUUCCCCCAGCCGCAGCGUCGGCGCCCGUCAGGUGGUGCGCCCGGCCAGGGAGCGCGCGCGCGAAGGGGGCGCGCUCGCACAAAGUUUGUGCCUGCGGGUGCGCCUCGCUCCGGCUCGCCCGGCUCGGAGAGCGGCGGCCGGGGGCGGCGAGGGCCCGUGGGAGAGGCCCGAUGCGCCGCACCCCGCCGAGCCCGUCCCGCCGCGCCAGGUGACCGGCUCUUGGAGCGCGAGCCGUGGCCAUGGGCACGCUGGGCAAGGCGAGAGAGGCUCCGCGGAAACCUUCCCAUGGCUGCAGAGCUGGCCCAAAAGCGAGACUAGAGGCGAAGCCGCCAGCCAGCAGCCCUCUCCCUUCCCAUCCCAGCCUGGCCCAGAUCACCCAGUUCCGAAUGAUGGUUUCUCUGGGACACUUAGCCAAAGGAGCCAGCCUGGACGAUCUCAUUGACAGCUGCAUUCAAUCUUUUGAUGCGGAUGGAAACCUGUGUCGGAGCAACCAGCUGCUGCAAGUCAUGCUGACCAUGCACCGGAUUAUCAUCUCCUCUGCAGACCUGCUCCAGAAAGUCAUCGCCCUCUAUAAGGAUGCCUUGGCGAAGAACUCACCCGGGCUUUGCCUGAAGAUCUGCUAUUUUGUAAGGUACUGGAUAACAGAAUUCUGGAUCAUGUUUAAAAUGGACGCCAGCCUGACACACACCAUGGAGGAGUUUCAGGAGCUGGCGAAAGCUCGCGGAGAGGAUCUCCACUGCCGCCUGAUUGACACAACUCAGAUCAAUGCCCGUGACUGGUCCAGGAAACUUACUCAACGGAUAAAGUCAAACACCAGCAAGAAACGGAAGGUGUCCCUGCUGUUCGACCACCUGGAGCCGGAAGAGCUGUCUGAGCACCUCACCUACCUUGAGUUCAAGUCCUUCCGCAGGAUAUCCUUCUCGGACUAUCAAAAUUACCUUGUAAAUAGCUGUGUGAAGGAGAACCCCACCAUGGAGCGGUCCAUUGCCCUGUGCAACGGCAUCUCCCAGUGGGUGCAGCUGAUGGUUCUCAGCCGGCCCACCCCGCAGCUCCGAGCAGAGGUGUUCAUCAAGUUCAUACAGGUGGCUCAGAAGCUCCACCAACUACAGAACUUCAAUACGCUGAUGGCUGUGAUAGGUGGGCUGUGUCACAGCUCCAUCUCCAGACUCAAGGAGACCAGCUCGCAUGUCCCACAUGAAAUCAAUAAGGUUCUGGGUGAGAUGACUGAGCUACUGUCCUCCUGCAGAAACUAUGACAACUACCGGCGAGCCUAUGGCGAGUGCACCCAUUUCAAGAUCCCCAUCCUGGGGGUGCACCUCAAGGACCUCAUCUCCCUGUAUGAAGCUAUGCCCGACUAUCUGGAAGAUGGGAAGGUCAAUGUCCACAAGCUGCUGGCCCUUUACAAUCACAUCAAUGAACUGGUCCAGCUUCAAGAGGUGGCCCCGCCCUUGGACGCCAACAAGGACUUGGUACACCUGCUAACUUUAUCCUUGGAUCUCUACUACACCGAAGAUGAAAUCUAUGAACUUUCCUAUGCCCGGGAACCAAGAAACCACCGAGCCCCGCCACUGACACCUUCAAAGCCUCCAGUAGUAGUGGACUGGGCCUCUGGAGUAUCUCCCAAACCUGACCCAAAGACCAUUAGCAAACACGUCCAGAGGAUGGUGGAUUCUGUCUUCAAGAACUAUGAUCACGACCAGGAUGGGUACAUUUCUCAGGAAGAGUUUGAGAAGAUUGCUGCCAGCUUUCCGUUUUCCUUCUGUGUGAUGGAUAGAGACAGGGAAGGCCUCAUCAGCAGAGACGAGAUCACAGCCUACUUCAUGAGGGCCAGUUCAAUCUACUCCAAGCUGGGUCUGGGCUUUCCUCACAAUUUUCAAGAGACCACCUACCUGAAGCCCACUUUCUGUGACAACUGUGCUGGAUUUCUCUGGGGAGUGAUCAAACAAGGAUAUCGAUGUAAAGACUGUGGGAUGAACUGCCACAAACAAUGCAAAGAUCUAGUCGUGUUUGAGUGCAAAAAGCGAGCUAAGAACCCAGCAGCUCCCACAGAGAACAGCAUUUCUGUGGGGCCAGUGUCCAACCUUUGCUCACUGGGAGCCAAAGAUCUUCUCCACGCACCUGAGGAAGGACCCUUCGCAUUUCCCAAUGGGGAGGUUUUAGAGCACAGCGAGGAGAGCAAGGAUCGAACCAUCAUGCUGAUGGGAGUGUCCUCACAGAAGAUUUCUGUGCGACUGAAAAGGACUGUUGCCCACAAGGCCACCCAGACGGAAGCGUUGCCUUGGAGUGGGAGUGAGGGUCCUUCUGGGCCCUUUGUGCUGUCUUCUCCAAGGAAGACAGCGCAGGAUACUCUGUAUGUGCUUCCCAGUCCCACAUCUCCAUGCCCCAGCCCAGUCUUGGUCAGAAAGAGGGCUUUUGUCAAGUGGGAGAAUAAAGAAUCCCUCAUAAAAUCCAAGGAGGAACUACGGCGACUAAGACUUCCAACCUACCAAGAGCUGGAACAGGAAAUCAAUACCCUGAAAGCAGAUAACGAUGCUCUAAAGAUCCAACUGAAGUACGCACAGAAGAAAAUAGAAUCCCUGCAGCUUGAAAAAAGCAGUCAUGUCUUAGCUCAGAUGGAGCAGAGUGAUUGUUCUUAGCCCAGAAGCUCAAGGGACACAAACCUGUAAAUGGGUACACUGCAUCUCACUUCCUACACCGAGAGACCCAGGACACCUGACAUUGACUGUCUUUUAAGACUUACUGUAAAAAGCAAAAGCCAGUUACUGUCCCCCCACAAACCUAAAAGACUCAAUGUACAGGUGACUCAAAGGGGAAAGUGGAAGGAAGCAACACUUCAGGUGUUCUUACUACAAACCACCUUUCUGGGACUAACAUCAAAAGUGUGAUGAAACAUGAUGUAGCUUUUGAGAAGGCACUGACCAUCUCAUGUGGCUGCCUGGUAGAUUCUUUCUCAAAACUAAAAUCUCUGGAAAAUGAAUUUGCUUCCUCCCCAAGGUUUUCUGUGAACUGAGAUUUACUUUCUUCCAUCCAAAGCUUGCUUAUAAUGAAAAAGUAUUCCUAUUCCACGAGAUUCAUGUCCCCUAAAUCCCAGCAUUCUCUGUAAAACUGGUUCCUACUUUACUACCUCAGAUCUAAUCAGUUAGCCCCUUUUCCCUACCUUCCUCAAUACAUUCACACACCUGAGCAUAUCUACCUAGAAGUGAACCUCUAGAAACAAAGCCAAACGUUCUAGGGGCCUAUUAAGCAACACGACAUUAUCCAAUUGCAAAUCAAUUCACAGUUGUAGUCUAAAAGUUACUGUAAAAUAAGUAAUCAAAUUAAUGACCUGAAAACAUAGCUGUUAUCAUCUCAUAUACUACUAGCCAAUUAGUAAAGUAAACAUACUACAAACAUGUUUGUCCUUAUUCUGCAGUGGAUAGAAUUAGGAAAUUUAUGCCUCUUUUAAAGAAAGUCUGUAAAGAAUGUUUAAUUCUUCAUGUUCCAUCUUUUUCUUUUGUUUCUGAAGUAAACUCUUUGAAGUUCUCUUUUCAAACAAAAUUUGUGCUUAAACUGCCCUCACUAUCAAUACUGUUUAGAAAUAAGCUAAUUGAAUCAGUGGCUUAAAUAAUAGCUGAUACAUGUACAAAUGUAUAUAAUAUGUGUACAUACAAUAUCAGGCAUGCAUAUGGCUUGAAAUUUUGUUUCUUUAGAAAAUGUGAAAAUGAAUUGAACAACUUUUAGUCAUUUACACAAAUUCACAAAGUUCAGUUCUUAUAAGAUGGAGGAAUCACAUUGUAAAAUUAUAUCAUUUAGCAAAAUCACAGUAACAGUCAACAGUUUUCUGUUACAAAGGUUAAUGAUAAACUGGUUCUUUCGGUUGCCUGUGCAGUUAUUCAAAAACUCAUUUUAGUUCUCUAAAAAAAAAAAUCAUCUGACCAUUUUCUUUUUAGUAGGACUUAGCCUUCUUACUUGGAAAGUCUGGUACUGGGCUGACUUUUAAUUAAAAAACAAGUUGACCAAUUGCCAAGAAUAUAAUCUUAGUUAAAAAUUCCAAGCCAAAGCCAACAGCACCAAAUUCUUGUAAGAAUAUAAAGCAUAUUAUAUCGUGUUGCUUACUUGGAGGGUUCAGACCACUGAAUAAGUUUCUUUGAUGAAAGACUAGUUUCCAUUUGUUUAUCUCUUUGUACUGAGUUUUAGUAUACAGAACUACUUUGUAGUGAUUCUUACAUUUUAAAGAAGCAUUUUACACACCAGUGUAUCCUUUUCUAAAUCCAAACUUAGAAAUCCCCAAAACAAGAUUCACCACUUUAUAUAUAAACUUAUACUAGCACUUUGUUAUUUGCUUUAUACAGAAAACAUGAGUUUAUGACAAAUUUUAAUAUUUCAUAUUCUCCACUAUUAUUAUUUUCCUCUAAUAUGGACCGAAGAGGGUAUAGUCAGUCACUUUUAAACAUAAUCAUAGAAUACACAUUUCUUCAUUCAUUUUAUUCUCCAUCCAAAAGAAGGGCCCCAGAUUAAUUUUAUGUAAGCAACCUAUAGGAAUUCCAAAGUCCCAUUAGUGAAAUUAGUAUGGCUAAAAAGUCUCAAGCACUGCAAAAUGCAUCACUAAAAUGAGUAAGAGGCAGUAGUUUAGUAACAGAUUUUGAAGUUUAGCAAGGGCUGAAGAAGUAUAGUGGAUAAAUUAUUAUUAUUUAUAUUGAUCUAGAGACUUAGUGGAAUCUAAGAAAUAAUGUGAAAGAAGUUUUUUGUUAUCAAGCCAAGAAUGUAAAUUUGUGUCUCCCUCUGACUUAAGUUUGGGUAAAUAUUUCUCUGCCAAAAACAAGGACAAAUCUUAUUUUAAUAGUGAUGUCAUCUGUCAUUUUGUUAAUGGACUUCCUUUUUUUAUUGAUCAUUUGUGAAUUUGUCUAAAGAUGAAUGCUGUAAACGAACUGCAAGAAAAAAUGUACAGAUUGUAAAGUUUUUUUUGAUACUUAGUGUAAGUUUUCUUUGUGUAAUAUUUAUAUGAUAAAAAGUCAUUAGGAUGCCUACAGUA